AUGACUAGUGUGAAAACCUUGGAAGUCAGCCGAAAACAAAGCAGGGUGACAGUGAGUGGCUAUAUUGAUCCGAAAAUGGUGUUAAAAAGAAUCAAGAGCACUGGAAAGAGAGCUGAAUUGUGGCCAUAUAUCCCCCACAAUCUUGUCUACUAUCCUUAUGUUUCACAUGCCUACGACAAGAGAGCGCCAUCUGGGUUUGUUAGAAAUGUUGCUCAGGCUGUUCCUGCCCCAAAUGCAACUGAGGAGAGAAUCACCAGUCUCUUCAGUGAUGAUAACCCUAAUGCUUGUUCCAUUAUGUGAGGAUUUGCAAAAUUAAUCUAUAAAAGCUGUGGUGUGUCUUUAUUUUGGUCAUGGAACUUGUAAACUUGUUUUGCUUUACAGCAUGUUCCUU